UCUUGAUGCACAUUUUUCCUUGCAAGAGCCUUUUCUCCUUAAAUUGUUUUUCUUUUCUUUCUUUCUUUCUUUCUCCAUCAUUAUAUGUUAUGUAUCUUCCUUAAAAGAAAAAUAUAAUUCAGAGAGAGAUGGGUAAGUACAAUCUUAUGGAGGAGAAGGCUGUUCAUAGUUACAGCCAUAAAUUCAUGGACAGCCUUGAAGAGAAAGUCUCUGUGUUUCUUGAUGAAGAUUUUCUUGAUUCUAAUAACCCUUCUUUUGAUUGUGAUGAUGAUGAUGAUGACUGGAUUGAAUUUGAUGAAUCUGGUGAUGGUAAUUUGCAGAACUCCAUGGAAAGAACCUUGUUCUGGGAAUCACAAGAAGCCUUGCUUCAGGAGCUUUUGGAACGUAACAGCCUAACAGGUUCAAAAUUGAGGCAAGAGAUUAAUAGAAUCAUACAAGUAGCAAAAGGUACAGACUUCUGCAAUUGCCUCAACUCCAAUUCAGAUGCCUGCAUUUCCUGUUUGAGACAAAGGGUUGUUCAUUUUCUCUGCCAAAAAGGAUUCAAUGCUGCUCUAUGCACAUCCAAGUGGAAACGCACUAAGAAGUUCCCAGGAGGGAAACAUGAGUACAUUGAGGUGAUAGCAAGCACUAGUGGAAGGAAGAAGCAAAUUCCAUACCUAAUAGAAUUGGAAUUCAGUGACCAAUUUGAGAUGGCAAAAGCAUGUGAAGAAUACAGGAAGCUUGUAUCCCAGUUACCAAAAUAUUACAUAGGAAAAGCUGACUACCUCAAUGCCAUUGUUGGUGUUGUAUGUGAAUCAGCCAAGAGAUCAAUGAAGGAGCAGAAAAUCCAUAUGGGUCCGUGGCGAAAGAGAAGCUUUAUGCAAAUGAAAUGGUCUAAUUCUUCUGCACCAAGAGGUCUCACCGAUGAAUCUUCAAAUAAAUCUUCCCUACUUUCCUCAAGGCAAUCUCAUGAUUCUCGCUUGCAACUCUCUGCAGUAAGAGUCACUUAAUCAGAAGCUCACUAUAAGCAACAUCAAAAAGAAGAAAAAUGGAAAAACAAAGAAAAAAGGAAAAAGGCAUUGCUGGGUUUGAUAUAUAGAAAAGUUUUUAGUUCUCUUCUUUCUGGUUUUUCAUAUAUGCAAACACUACCAGUACACAUUGUGCGAGUAGUGGGUAGGGUUUUUUGAAAAAUGAGUAUCUGUAAUUGCAUUUCGCAGCGGCUGAGGAGAUUGAGAAGAGUUGAUAUAUAUAAUAUAUAUAUAUAUAAACAGAUGCUAGGGCAGACCCCGGAGCAGAUGCUUAAGUUUCAUCUUCAGGGUCAGCCAUGUAGAAAUUUGUAGGUUUGUUAAAGUUUUAUGUUAGAUGUUGCACUGCGUAAUGGUGCUAGUGUUUGUGUAUGGGUGAUGCUAAUAUUUCCUUUUGAGAUGUGCUGUCAGGAUGUGUUACUUGUCUGUUAUGUACGAGUGCCCAAGUCUCAUCAAUAUAAUGAAGCAAGAGUUCUUUCAGGGAACUCCUUUGUCUCAA